AUGGUCUAUAAAAAUCGGGUCAAAUUCAAGCCUGUAAAAACUAAUGCAACCAACUACUAUGUAAAAUGUUAUUUCAACGAGAAGAAUGAAGUAAAGCAUGCAAAUGAGCAAGAUGAGAGAAACAUGAAAUGUCCUUGGUUGCUAAAUGUCGCUGUGAGGAAAUCAACAAAUGGACAAUUUGUAAUAUCUAGAUAUUGCGGGCUUCAUACAUGUUGCAAUCCGUCGGUGGACGUCGAUCAUUAUUCUGCAUCUUCCUCUUAUAUAUGUAAGCUAAUUAUGCCUGAAGUUAGAGCUGAACUUGAUCUAAAUGCAAGUCAGAUAUUUCAAAGGGUGUAUGAUAUGCGGGGCAUUAAGAUAUCUAAAUAUAAGGCAUAUGAUGCAAGGAGGAAAGCGUUGUCGAAAAUAUUUGGAGAUUGGGAAAAAUCUUAUGAAUUACUUCCACAGUAUCUUGAAGCUAUCAAGCGAAAUAAUCCGGGAACUGAAUAUGAAAUAUUGUCUGAAGAGAUUGCACCGGGGAUGGAGAGCAUUGACGGUACACAUCUAUAUGGCAAGUACAAAGGCGUGCUUCUUGUGGUGACCGGUGUAGAUGCAAAUGGCGGUUUAUUUCCUCUAGCAUUUGCAGUUGUGGAGGUAGAUGAUACUUCUAGUUGGAAGUGGUUCUUUGAACUUGUAUACAAGUGGAUUCCUAGUGUCUGUGCGUCCAGAUUAAUUACUUUUAUCUCAGAUAGGAUGAAAGGAAUUAUAAGGGCAUUACAUGAAGGUUUUGGUGCACCACAUCACCAUCGAUAUUGUUUGAGGCAUAUAAGAGAUAAUUUCAAGAAAAAACACACAUCACCAUCGAUAUUGUUUGAGGCAUAUAAGAGAUAA